CUUCAUCAGACCACAUUCAUAUGACAAACAUUUAACUUAGAAAAUGUGUACUCCGUAUGUUCGAUGGACGAAAGGGUUUAAGGUUACAAUUUACAAAACCCUUAUUUUCCCAUCGGAGUCUUUUUCGAUCGAUUAGGGUUUCUGAUCCGCCAUCUCUAAGUUCUGGCAUAAGCAUAGAAGGAUGUAUCGAACUAUACUCCGUUCUCUCCGCCGUACCGCCACGGGGAGUGUCGCCGCCGCCAACCAAACUCAGCUCAUUUCAGCAAAUCGCAUACAAAAUCCCAGCUUUCUCCUCCCGCACAGAUCAUUUGCCUUCUCCUCUGCCGAGGAGGCCGCAGCUGAGCGCCGUCGCAGGAAGCGCCGUCUACGUAUCGAGCCACCGCUUGGGGCACUUCGUCGGGACAAUGUUCCGAGGCCUCCUCCCUCCGACGAUCCCCGAUCUCGCCUCCCUGACUCCACGUCCGCACUCGUUGGGCCUAGACUCAACCUUCACAAUCGCGUGCAGUCUCUGAUUCGAGCCGGGGAUCUCGACUCCGCUGCAGCUGUUGCUCGUCACGCGGUGUUCUCAAACACCCGCCCCACGGUCUUCACCUGCAACGCCAUCAUCGCCGCCAUGUACCGCGCCGGCAGGUAUAACGAUGCUAAGGCCCUGUUCCAGUAUUUCUUCAAUCAGUCUAACAUCAUCCCCAAUGUAGUAUCCUACAACAACCUAAUUGUUUCCCAUUGCGAAUCGGGGGAAGUUGAUGAAGCCAUAAAAGUGUACCACCAUAUCAUUGAAAACGCCCCUUUUAGCCCUUCGUAUGUGUCCUAUCGCCAUCUGACUAAGGGUCUAAUAGACUCAGGCAGGAUAAAUGAAGCAGUUGAUUUUCUCCGGGAAAUGCUCAACAAGGGGCAUGGGGCUGACUCUCUGGUGUACAAUAAUUUGAUUUUAGGGUUUCUGGAAUUGGGAAAUUUGGAGAAAGCAAACGAGCUGUUUGAUGAGCUUAAAGAGAGGUGUUUGGUUUAUGAUGGAACCGUGAACUCAACUUUCAUGGAUUGGUUUUUCAAACAAGGGAGGGAUAGGGAGGCCAUGGACUGCUACAAGGAUCUUUUAGACAGAAAGUUCAGAAUGGUACCUGUGACCUGUAAUGCGCUACUUGAGGUUUUGUUAAAGCAUGGGAAGAAAAAAGAGGCGUUGGAUUUGUUUGAUGCCAUGUUAGAUGAUCACACACCCCCUGUAUUCCAAGCAGUUAAUUCUGACACUUUCAAUAUCAUGGUGAAUGAGUGUUUUAAAUUAGGGAAGGUUUCAGAGGCUAUGGAGACUUUCAAGAAGGCCGGAAAGAGUGCAAAGUCAAAACCUUUUGCAAUGGAUGUCGCCGGUUUCAACAACAUGAUCACUAGGCUUUGCGAACUUGGAAUGAUGGAAGAUGCAGAGAGGUAUUAUAUGGAGUUGUGCGGUAAAUCUUUGAAUCCUGACGUAACUACUUACAGAACAAUGAUAGAGGCUUAUAUUAAGCUGGAGAACAUUGAGGGUGUGCUAGACAAAUACACAAAAAUGGUGGAGGCAGGGUUGAGAGUCAUUCCUGUUCAUGCUAACAAGUGGUUUGGUUUCUUGAUUAACAAAGGUAAGGCUAUGGAAUGUGUACCGAUCCUGACUAAGAUGGGCGAAAGAGAACCAAGGGUGGAUGUUAUGACCUAUGAUGUUGUGAUUAGGGCGCUAUGUGAUGGUGGAAAUUACGAUGCUGGUUUUAAUCUGGUGAGUCAGAUGGUGAACUAUGGAGUUGGGGUCACCCCUGAUUUCAGGGCAUACCUGUUGGAGGAAUUUGGGAAACACGGCAGGCGAGAUGAGGUUGAGUCACUAUUUAACAAAAGCCCAGGAUAUUUUCCAAAUCCGCGACCUAGGCAACCUCAGAUGCCUAGACAGCAGCCUCUAGCUCACCAACUGCCACCAAGUCAGCAUUCCUGGCAGAAUCAUACAACCUAUCAAUCAUCACCUCCAAAUUUUAUGGCACAUCAGGGUGGGCAAAUGGUACAACAGUCUCAUUUCGUGGAACAUCCUGGACAAAUGACAUCACCGCCCAAUUAUAUGGGACAAGGCAGUCCAAUGGGAUCAGGCCAUACUGUAGGACCUCACAGGGAAGGUCAGUCAUCAUCACACACAUCAGAUGUAAGACAGGAAGUUGAAGUUACACAAAUGGGAGGGAGAGGAGGAAAGUUUGAUUAUUUUGGAACAUGAAACUGAUGUUGGUAGAACUGUUUUUCUCUUUUCUUUUCUUUUAAAGAUGCUAUUUCUCAGGUUCUGGUUACAAAAAGUCAAAUUUUUGUGCUUCUUUCAGUGUAUUUGUUUGUGCCUCAUACCAAGUCAUUGAUGUUUUACCCGAGAAAAAAACACUACUUUAUAUAUGUAUUAUUGAUAGCUUUGAGUGAGAUUAAGUAGUUCAUAAUGCAAAGCACCCGAUUUCCACCCUCCACAUUCAGUAGUUUGCUCACACAGUCACACUCUAUGGUCUCUUUUGAGUCUGUCU